CCGAAAAGUCAUAUUAAUCCAUGAAAAAAAGAUUCAGGUAACGUCACAGACCCGUCACACAACCUCAUCAUCACCGCCUGAAACUGAAAAAAAAAAAAAUCUGACAAAACCACGUGUAACAGACCAAUAAGUUCACACACAAAGGUUCUGUCCUAAAACAUUUUCCAACAUCCAUGAAUUAAGACAGAGAAACAACAGAACACAAUCAGUUUCAUGGAGAAGUUCUCUUACAACUCGUAUCCAGAUUCAACAGACUCAUCUCCAAGAUCCCGCGAGAUAGACUUCGACAACGCGCCGCCAUGGGAUGAUCAUCAGACACAGACACAGAGCAGCAGCUACAAGGUGAAGUUCAUGUGCAGCUACAACGGCAAGAUCCAGCCACGUCCUCACGAUAACCAGCUCACCUACGUUAACGGAGAGACCAAGAUUCUCUCCGUUGAUCGCGGGAUCAGAUUCCCCCUCUUAGCUUCCAAACUCUCCGCUGUCUGCGGCGGCGACGGAGGAGGAGUAGUAGGAGGAGGAGGAGACGUGUUGUUCAAGUAUCAGCUUCCUGGAGAAGACCUAGACGCGUUGAUCUCAGUUACUAACGAAGAUGAUCUCGAGCACAUGAUGCACGAGUACGAUCGGCUGCUUCGUGUCUCGUCUAAGCCAGCGAGGAUGCGUCUCUUCAUCUUCCCUUCGGUUUCUUCUUCCUCCGGAGGGUUUGGAUCCGAGGGUUCGGAUCGUGAUCGGUUUGUUGAGGCUUUGAAUACUGUUCGUAGUAGGCCUGAAUCGGAGAAAUCUGUAACCGCUUCUACUGAUUUUUUGUUUGAAUUGGAGAAAGUUGUAUCAUCUCCUCCGCCACCGUCGCCGUCACCACCGGUACCGGCGGUAAUUCAACCGGAGUUUCAGAGGAUGCAAGAGCAGCAACAGCAAGAAGCUGUUUAUAGAAGGAAGAGUGAAGACGCCGGAGGUUACUUCUCUUCCCCGCCGUACGCAGCCGCUCAAAAUCCAACUCCGCCACCGCCACCGCAGCAGCCGACGAUUCCUUUAAGUAAUCAACAAGCUACUCCAAUGAUGUUCUGGCAAGGAAACCAUCAUAAUAAUAAUAAUAAUAAUAAUAAUAAUAAUAAUAAUUCGCAACGAUUGUUUCCAACAACUGCUCCGGGACUCGGAUUAUCGGAGCAGCCAGUGUACAUGAUUCCAUCUCCAUCUCCAUCUCCAACUCCACAUCCGGGAAGUGUUUACCACGCGCCAACGCAACAUCAAGGCGUCAUGAGACCAGUCGUUACAGGACAAGUAAACCAAGGGGGUUACUAUCCUUACAUGGCUCAGCCACAAGUAGGAGUAGCAAAGGGACAACAACAACAACAACCUCCUAUGUCUUUUGCCUCUGGUCCUACUCCUUCCCAACAGCAAUACUCAGCCGUUUCACCGACACAGCAAGUGGUGGGAAUAGCAGAUACAAGGGCGUAUACUCAGGUGACUUACGCUGGAGGAAUGGGGAAACAAGUGUACUACACGGAAGCACCACCUCUACAACAGUAUCAUGGAAUUGGUUUACCUGUGACUGGUGGUAUGAGUGAAUUGAGAACCGGACCGGAUGGGAAGCUUGUUGCUAUGAACAUGGCACCAAAAGUUUCAUCACAGAAUUCAGAUUCGGCUGUGUGAUGAUGAGGUAAAAAUUAUGAGGUUUUAAUGUUUAAAUCAUUUCAAUCAUUAUCACCAUAUGUAUAUUGUAAUUGAGAGAUUACUUUGGUAUCUGAAUGUCUCAUAAAUAAUGUCUUUUCUAUAUCAUGCUAUGAUCUUUGAUUCUGCAAUUUCUGUCAACUUCUUGUCUUUGUUUUUCAUGAACACUGAAUCUUGUGCAUUUUGCCUGCAUCUUUUUCAAGCUUUUGAGC